AUGAGUAAAAGAAUGUUUUUAUUCAUUGCAACUAGAGAAACUCCAGGACCUAGGACAUUAAUGAUGUUUUUCUGGUUGUUGACGUUUGCCAUACUUGUAAAUGUGGCUAAUGCAGAGACAAAUUUGUUGGUGAAUGGUAACUUUGAAACGACUACAUACAGCGACUGGUAUUGUAUGGGACCAUGCUCAUUGGCACCGAGUGACGACGCCCGACAAGGCCAGCACAGUGUCCAGGUGACCGGACGUACCGCCAUAUGGAAUGGUCUUGCCCAGGCAGUUAGCUUCAGCAGCGGGGAAAGGUACAAGAUCACUGCUUAUGUCAAACUCUUGAAUACUGCAAACAAUGCGGCCUAUCAGACAGUGGGACUCAUGGAAAAAUGCACAGUGGCAGGAAACAGUGUAUACACAAGAAUAGGACAGACACCUCUAAUACAACCCGGAGACUGGUAUCAGAUAGGUGGUGUACGCCGAAUAGCAGAUGGGAGUUCGAACUGCAAGAUUUACGUACAGACGGACGCACCGGCGGACUACCUGGUGGAUGAUGCGAGUGUUACACACAUCCCAACCUCGGCGUGGGCAGAAUGGAGUGAAGCUGCUGAAGACAGAAUCGACCAGAUCAGAAAGGCCGACAUUAACAUACAGUAG